AUCCAACCCUAAUUGGCAUUCCCACUAUAAAUCUCAGGUCAUCGCUUACAUUUAUCCAAAGACAACCCAGAGACGCAAAGAGAGAGAAACACAGAGAAGACUAAUUUGAUCGAGCCCAAAGAUACAGGAACUAAACAAAGAUGGGAAGAGCACCUUGCUGUGACAAAGCAAACGUGAAGAAGGGGCCAUGGGCUCCCGAAGAAGAUGCUAAGCUCAAAGAUUAUAUUGAAAAAUAUGGUACUGGUGGCAACUGGAUCGCUCUUCCACAAAAGAUCGUUGCUUCCAAUUUCCAUCAAUGGCAUCUCAAGCCGACUCAUCUCUGCAAGCCAUCUGUUAUCACCGUGGCUCACUUUAACUACUUGAUCAGUUGUCCAACAGCUGUGAAUCUUUCAGAUGCUGCAACUAAACUUACAGAGAUUGUAACGAACUCUGCUGCAACUGCUACAGAUGUUAAUCAAGCGUUCCUUGCAAUUCCUCUCUCUCCUUGUAAUUCAUAUCAUGUAUUCAUGUUUGAUUUAGUUGCUUUUUGUUCUUUGCUUUUUCAGGCUUACAUUGAAGUUGCUGAAGUAAUGUUGGAAGAUGAUGUUGCUUCCAAUAAAGCAAUCGGGUCAUAUGGAUCUUCUUUCAUUCAAAUUCAACAAAAGGAAUCUAAGAAAUUUCCUGUUUUGACACAUUGUAAUACUGCCAGUCUUGCAACAGCUGAAUUUGGAACUGCUCUUGGAGUAAUCCGUGCACUACAUGAUGAUAGAGUACUAGGAAGAGCUUAUUGUACAGAAACCCGUCCAUUUAACCAAGGAUCAAGAUUGACAGCUUAUAAAUUAGUUCAUGACAAAAUACCCGCGACUCUUAUAGGAGAUUAUGCAGCUGCUGCUUUAAUGAAAACUAGAUCUAUCCAUGCUAUCAUUGUUGGAGCUGAUCGUGUUACUGCUAAUGGUGUUAAAGAGAAGUUAAAGAAACAGAUUAAAGAAGUGGAACUUGCACAAUCGAAAGAAGUGUCAUUACACUGGUAUGGCAUGGCAGAGAGUGUUCAAGUUAUUGGUGGAAUCUAUGUGUCCUUCAGCCACUUGGGUGAGAUAAGGACAUUUGGCAUGUUACAUUCAAGAUUUAAAUGGGUUACUUCAGCUCUCUGCGAACACCUUGUGCCAAUGCAAAAAAGAGGAGCCUAAAAGAUAUCAUGGAGAUUAUCGCACAAGAUGUUAUGAAUGAUGGUCACAAGUGGUGAGGCUUUGUUUGCUUUUGACUAUCAAGAAUCUGCAAUUAAUGUGCCUAGAAAUUUGAAGUAUCACCUUAUAUAUGAGAAUAUCAAAUCCCCCAACUGUCGGUAACAUGGUCUCAUAUAGGUUAGUAAUUUUCCAACUAUUCACUUAUUUCAUUCAUCAUUGUCCUUAAGAUUAGAUUUUGUUGGUUGUGUAAACAGGACAGUGUUUUGACUCCAUAUGUUCUCUAUUCAUAAGAAGGAAAAUAAAGAUGAAAUUUCAAUUAUAUUUUACCUCUAGAAGUUAGAAAAUAUAUCCAGGUGUCUAUUGAUAUUA